GGGUCCCCCCGGGGCGAUGUACGCCGUCUACAAGCAGACGCACCCCCCGACGGGGCUCGAGUUCUGUAUGUACUGCAACUUCUUCUCCACGGCGGAGCGCAGCCUGGUGGUGGCGGGCACCUCCCAGCUCUACGUCUACCGCCUCAACCACGACGCCGAGACGACAGUUAAAGGCGAUCGGAAUACAGAGGGGAAGGGGCACCGGGAGAAGUUGGAGCUCUUGGCCUCCUUUUCGCUCUUUGGGAACGUGAUGUCGCUGGCGAGCGUCCAGCUGGCCGGCGCCAAGCGCGACGCGCUGCUCCUCAGCUUCAAGGACGCCAAGCUCUCGGUGGUGGAAUACGAUCCCGGCACUCACGACCUGAAGACGCUCUCCCUCCAUUACUUCGAGGAACCCGAACUGCGCGACGGGUUUGUGCAGAACGUCCACGUCCCGGUGGUUCGCGUGGACCCGGACGGGCGCUGCGCCGCGAUGCUCAUCUACGGCACUCGGCUCGUGGUGCUGCCCUUCCGCAGGGACUCCCUCAGCGACGACCACGACGCCCCCCUCAGCGACGGGCAGAAGUCGAGUUUUCUGCCCUCGUACAUCAUCGACGUGCGGGAGUUGGACGAGAAGCUGCUCAACAUCAUCGAUAUGCAGUUCCUCCACGGCUACUACGAACCCACCCUCCUCAUCCUCUUCGAACCCAACCAGACCUGGCCGGGUGGCCCCUAG